UCACGGACGCGAACUUUCUAGCCUUGCCCUCGACGGUGGCCACACGAACACGACGCCUAGUCGCCCACUUCGAUCUCUUCACUGCCACCAUCCCUCUGCUCGUCUCACCGUCGACUGUGUCCUAUCUGUGCCGCAGCGCAGGGAAAGUCAGCUCCUGCUCCUGCUACGAUGCCUCGACCCCGCGCCUCUCCGCCUCCUCCAUCCUCCUCCACGUGGUUGUGCUCCCUGACACAGUCUCCUCGUCGACGGCAACAAGCUGCCAUGUCCUUCGCCAACAAGAACCGUGCGCCGCCGCCUCUCACUGGCACCGUCGCACGCAGACCGGUCACACUGUCGCCGGUGGCACCGCCACCUUGCCCCGCCUUCUUCCUCCACUUGUCGCCACCCUAUUCUUCCCUCGACGCAGCCGCAAGCGCUGCCCUCCACCGGGCUCGCCUCCAUGGCCGCGCGUAGGUGGGUCGCUCUCGCUCCCCACCCCGUCGCCUUCCUCCUCAUACAAUACAAACAGAGGGCAGGGAGCAAACAAGAAGCAAAGGUGGGGGAAGCAGGGAGGCGAGGCAAGCAGUGGUGAAGUGGAACGGAGCUAGGCUUCGGCUGGGUUCCAUGGUGUGGGUGUGGUUUUGGCGAUAGAUGGAGACUCAAGCGUGGGUGGUUGUGGGCACGAGGAGCCACACGGAGCUGGACGCCACGGCGAGGAGGAGGAAGAGAAGGAGAUGGUCGUCUCCUCCAUAUGCGCAAGUCGUUCAAGGACUCGCUCAAGGUGCUCGAGGCCGACAUCCAACACGCCAACACCCUGGCAGCAGAUUUCUCGAGGGACUACGACGGGGUCUAUCUCUAGAUGUACAACCCCGACGCCCACUUCUUCCUCUUCCUCAUGUAGUGGACCGAUUGCAGCCUAGAUGGCGCACUUGGGCUGCUCAAGAUCCUAAUCUACAAGGUUUAUGUAGAUGGGAGUACCACCGUGACUUGGGAGCUAACUUGGAUAAUGAUCUCUUAGUUCUCAAGGCUGUAAAUUACCUUUUCCUGCACCAAGCUGUGAAGUUGUUUCCUCUCAGAUGAAGCAAAACCAAAAAAUAUCUUUUUAAAUUUUAGAAAUCGCACUGAAGCCAUGAGUGCUUCAUGGAAUUCAGUCAUCUGUUGGGGUACAAAUAUGAACUGUAGUUUUCCCCCAAUUUUUCUCUCUUUAUUUUUUCAGUGCAUUAACAUUGAUAGUAUUGGUUUUUUUUCCUAGGAAAUUAUGUCUAAAUACAAGCUCAUAACUAAUUCUGUAACUUUGAUAUUAAGAUGGGUGUUCGCCUGAUGAUUUUUAAAUGGAAAAGGAGAAUACGAUGAGUUUUAAAA